UUUUUCCUCCCAAGAACUCAGCUCCUCCUCCCCCUACCACCCAUACAAGGACCAACGAUACCGCCGCCGACCGCCGGUAGGCGCAUCGUUGGUCCCGUCAAAAACUUCAACACCUCAAGGAACUCCGGGAAGAGCAGAUCACCAGACAUGGGAUUCCUCAGGAAGUUCUCCAAACAGACCGGCAAGCUCAAGUCCCUUCUCGAGCUCACCGUCUCACGUGUAGCCAUCGCCCGCAAGCCUCGCCUUGCUCGCAAGUCCAUUGCUUCCGGCGACGUCUGCCAGCUCCUCUCCCUCGGCCAAACCGACCGCGCUCUCCAGCGAGUAGAACAGGUCAUAAAGGAGGACAACAUGUUGGAGGCGCUCGGCAUCAUAGAGCUCUACUGCAAGUGCCUCGUCAAGAAAGCCGCUCAGCUAGACAAGCCCAAGGAAUGCGCCGAGGAGGUAAAGGAAGCGGCUGCCGGCAUCAUAUUUGCUGCCAAGCGCUGCAGUGACCUGCCGGAGCUGCAGUCUGCCCGCAAGAUCCUCGCCGACAAGUUCGGCGACGAUUUCACUGCCGACGCCAAGGUGGGCACCGCGGUCGUUGACCCGAUGCUGGUGUGGAAGUUGUCUGGAGACACGGCAAGCAUUAGCCUGAAGAAGAAGGUGACCAAAGAGAUCGCCGCCGAGAACAAUAUCUCGGUGGAUUUGUCCAAGUCCCCAUAAGCAAUGGCGGCGUUGUUCUGCACGUUCAGGAGAUUGUCGUGUUUGGACUCAUGGGUGCAAGUCCAGAGCCUGACGAUGGUCGUCGUCGCUUUUGACAGGAUGAAUGCCUUUGGACUAGAGUGACAACGACAAUGCCUCGAGCAUUUUCUACUCAGACGGAUCAGAUGAUAGGCCGCUGAAGCCGAAGAUGGUGAUAUAUAGCUUUCAGUGUGCACGAUGAGACAAAGUCAUUCCUCUGCAUCUGGCCCCAAAUGCAACUGCUAUGUGUAGGUUCAAAAUUAGUAUUGGAGGAUGGUCAUGAAGAACUAUG